AUGGACAUAAUCCAGCGUAUUCAGUACGUUCUUGAAUCCGAAUCGAAAGCUAUUCAGUCUAUCGAAGUUACUUCAACUUUUGAAGAUGUAGUAAAUCUGUUGAUGUCGUGCCGCUGCAAACUGCUGACGACAGGCAUGGGCAAAGCUGGCAUCAUCGCAAAUAAAUUCGCUGUAACGCUUAGCUCGACAGGAACUCCAGCCAUUUAUGUUCACCCAGGUGAAGCAGCACAUGGCGAUCUCGGUGUAGUCUCGGAGGGUGACUGUCUAGUCGCUUUUUCUACCAGCGGUAAAACGCGAGAAGUCAUCGAAAUGCUGGAACUAGCUGAACACCUCGGACUCGGCAAGGUAGUAGGAAUUACUUCUCAUGCAGAAUCCGAACUCAGGAAGCAUUGCGACAUUAUUCUGGAAAUGGGAGUGAUUGAAGAACCUUGCCCUCUAGGUCUGACACCCUCUGCCAGUAUUGCGGUUAUGAAUGCCAUUGCAGACGCAAUCACCCUGGCGUUGAUGGAGCUUAAAGGCAUCACCAAGCAUCAGUAUGGCUUACGUCAUCACGGAGGCUACCUCGGGCGAGUUGCUCGUUUGGACAACGAAUAA